AUGCCUCGAUUGUAUGGUCGGAUCAACAGAAUUAAUAAGUCGCAGUUGAGUGUUCAAGUUACAUGGCUUGAGCGUAAAGAUGAUGAAUCAGUUCCUGUUGCUUGCGGGAGGUUCGAGCAUGGGCUUACAGAAACCAUGCAAAGCUACUUGACGUUGUCUCAUGAGGUGCAUCCAAUCACUAAUGGCCGAAACUUCAUCGCUGUGAAACCGAGGGAAGGCGAAACGUGGGCACUUUUCAGAGACUGGAGCACGAGCUGGAACAACAAUCCGGAACAGCACAAGCCUCCUUAUAGGUACGACCUUGUGGAAGUGAUCUGUUUCGACGAUCAUCUAGGAUUUGGAGUGGCCUAUUUAGGGAAGGUUGAAGGAUUUGUAUCGGUCUUUAAGCACGAUGUGCAGGAUAGAGUCAUCUCAUUCUUGAUCUCACCAGAGGAAAUACAUAGAUUCUCUCACAGAGUACCAUCAUUUAGACUGAAUGGAGAGGAGAAAGAGGGAGUUCCCGCUGGUUCUUUCGAGCUUGACCCUGCUGCUGUCCCGAGUUCUAUACUCAAGCUUGACCCUGCUGCUGUCCCGAGUUCUAUACUCAAGCUUGCUCAGUCUGUCCGUGAGGAAGCUGUUAGGUGUGUGGAUGAACGCCCUCCAAUCCUGUACCAAUACCGGAGGACGGUUAUGCGCAACAGGGCCUGCAACCUGGCUAGAUUAAGAGACUCUCAGACACCUUUGCUAGGAGGAGAAAAUCCUGAGUUGCACUCUUCUGAUUUUACUGGGGUCACUCCGGGGAAGAAGGAUAUUCAAACGCCUAAUCCAAUGUUGACCCCUUCUAUGACUCCUGGUGGUGCUAGCCUUACUCCCAGAAUUGGCUUGACGCCAUCAAGGGACGGGUCUUCUUUUGCUAUGACACCCAAAGGUACUCCCUUCACAUAA